AUGGGAAUUAAAGACAAACUACAAGAAUUGCUUGAAAAAGGAUUUAUUAGACCGAGUACCUCGCCGUGGAGAGGACCUGUUCUAUUUGCCAAGAAGAAGGAUGCGAUGUUAAGGUUAUGCAUCGAUUAUCGUCAACCUAAUCGAGUCACGAUCAAGAACUGGUUCGAGGAGGAGCAUGAACAACAUUUGAGGAUUAUUUUUCAAGUCCUUAAAGAUAACCAAUUGUAUGCCAAGGCAAGUAAAUGUGAGUUCCGGUUACAAGAAGUAAAAUUUUUAGAACACGUAGUAUCUGAGAAAGGGGUUGCGGUAGAUUCAACCAAGGUAGAAGUAGUCUUGGAUUGGAAACAACCAAAGAUUGUCACGCGCAACUGUUCGUCUGAUUUGUCUUUGGAGCUAUCUGUGAGUAAUAACUUUGCAGCCGAGCAGAUCGCGGAGAUUGGUUGUCGCUAUUAUGACGUCAUCGAGAUGAUUAACCAGCUAAAAUGUGAAGUGUCAGCCGAGCAAAGUAAAGCAAAGUCGGCAGUUGUCGAAUUGGCCAUAGCAACGCAAAAAGUCGAGGGUGAAGCGAAAAAGGCCGAUGAAGAGCGCCUGAGGGCCGAUGCUGAAAAGGAAAAGAUAAACCAUGUCGACUUGUUUCACCACAUCGCCGAAGAAAUAACCAAUCUUUUAGAUGCCGCUUUGAAAGAAGCGAAGGCUAAUCUGGAAAAGCUCGGAUCCAAGCUUCUGGCGGUGAAGAUGGCAACAAAGGAGGCGUAG